AUGAAGAUCUUCUUCCCACUCAUCUCCGCGUCAAUCUUGGUUGGACCGGUGACUGGCAUCAUUGGCGGCAAUGUGCUUCCGCAGCCAAAGUCGUACGUGGCUGGCGUCCGCACGACGGUGGACCCCACUUCCGAUGAAAACUUCAGCUCCUGUGCUGGUGCCCUGAUCGCUAGCAAUAAGGUGCUAACGACGGCAUCGUGCGCUUCCACGACGCGGGCAAACUUUGUAUCCGUUGGUGCAUACUACGUCAACGGCGGCGAAGACGGCGACGAGAUCAAGGUCAUCAAGGUCACAAAGCACCCCCAGUUCGACGCCAACACUCUCGCGAACGACUUUGCCAUCCUGACGCUGGCAAAGGCCAGCACGAAGAAGCCCGUGAGGCUUCCAGCAGUGGGUGGUGCCGACAUUAGAAGUGGCAGUUGGGCAACAGCGAUGGGGUGGGGCAUCACCUCCACUUCUGCCGACGCCAUGGCGUCCGAGAAGCUGAAACAACUGCAUCAGCAAAUCCUUCCCAACCAAGUCUGCCGCGAUGUCCUCAAGGUGCCGAUGACCAUGUCCCAUGUGUGCGCUGGUGGCCAGCGGGGACAAUCGCCAUGCGAGGGCGACAUUGGAGGUCCAGUUAUUGUGGCAGACGCCUCGGGAAAGGGCAAUGACGUUCUCAUUGGUUUGAUCAGCGGCGGCGGAGGCUGCGGUGUCAAGCAAGGAGUUCCCGGUAUCUACGCACGCGUGUCGUCAUCCCUGCCGUGGAUCAACGCUGUCAUGAAGGCCAAGUAA